GGAUUGAGAGGAGGAGCCCGCCGUUACACUUAUCCCAUUACUGCUACUACUGCUACGACCGAAUCACGUUCGUACUGACAUCAUUCGGCCGCCACAUCUGGCCCAAACUUAAAAAUUUAAAGCCUUCUGAAAAACUCUUCGCGCUCUUUACAACUAUUCAGACUUCCUCCUGCAGGCUUCCUCCUAUCUGUCCACCAUGUUGGUAAUCCUGGCCUUCAUCAUCCUUUUCCACAUAAUCUCCGCCACGCUACUCUUCAUAUCAACAAUAAACAAUGCUUGGUGGAUACACGAAAAUAUCUACACUGACUUAUGGAUGACCUGCAAUGGUACAUGCUUUGCAAUAGAGAACGGCGAAAGCGCUGCGGCAGGCUACCUCCAGGCUGUCCAGGCAACCAUGAUCCUGGCCACCAUUUUGUGCUGCGUGGGGUUCUUCGUGUUCAUCCUGCAGCUCUUCCGUCUCAAUCAGGGCGAGAGAUUUGUCUUCACGGCCGUCAUCCAGCUCCUGUCCUCACUCUGCGUUAUGGUCGGAGCGUCGAUCUACACCGCUCAGCAUGAAAGCUUCCAGAAAGCGAACCUGAGGAAGGGGAACUUCGGCUACUCCUUCGUCCUGGCCUGGAUUGCCUUCCCGCUGACGCUGAUCAGCGGGCUGAUGUAUUUAAUCCUGAGGAAACGCAGAUAAUGCGCAACGCAUCCACCUCACCCGACGGCCCGCCACUGCGGCAUGCAGCUGCAGCAUGCAGCACGCAGCUGCAGCCUGCACGCGCCACGGCCAAGGGAAUAUAUUUUGUAUAUACUCAUUUUUUUAUGUAUAGUGAAAAAAAAAAAGCCAAAAUAAACAUUACUAGGAAAAUUUAAAAAACAAACAAAAAAAAAAAAAAACAUUAACUAGAAUUGUAGCUACUAGAAACUUUUGGUAUUAAACUAGGCGUGAUAUUGUAUGUAGGAUUUUAACCCCUUUUUGUUUUAAAUAUAUCAUUUAGCCGAAUUUCUUGGUGAAAAACGUGCUGUGACUUAAAGGCUCACAAGCUGGGCAUAGGUGAAGUAAACUUGAAAAUGAACACAUGCAAACGUGUUACAGUAGGAGGUCUCACUGAUAAAACAACGAAGGAAAAAAAUAAUAUUUAUUGUUAAAUCCACUGGAUGGUUGUUGCAUUUUGAAGUAUUAGACCUGGGCAUUCCAAGUAGUUAAAUCUUCCCGUGGACAUGUUCGUGUUCAAAUGCUGCCUUCGGCUGUUCUCUGGAGGAACAUCAGUGGUAACUGUACAAAUGCCAUUUAACGCGCAUGGAAUUGGAGCUCGAAAUGAAUUCAGUAUGAAUGUCUUUUUUCCUAGGGGAAAGUAGUCAUUUGAAAAUUGAGGCAGGGAAAGUUUAGCUCACAGAUCAAGCUGACGGUAAGUCACUGGCUUCCGUGCUGAUUUUAGAUACAGUUAAAAUGUCCGAUCAAACACUUUCCCAGAGUUCCAGUUUCUCAUAGAACCACCCUAAGUGCCUUAUCACUGCCCCCGCUUGUUCUGCUCCCCUCAUCAAUCAACAGGGACUGGAAAAGUCACUGUAUGAAGCACACAAAGUAUAUGUAUGAAGUACACUAUAGCAAGACUGUCCAAAACCGCCAUAGACCUGAUCUUAAGAAACAUCAAAGGAAAUAUGAGUGCUGCAUUAACAGUUAAAAUGCUAAAACACAAAUUAAACUGCAAGCACUCCCACAGACGCUCAGCGCUAGGUCUUAGCUGAAUGUUCAUUUCCCCCCCCCCAAUAAGAGCUUAAAGUGGGAUUUAAAAUCUGUAGUAUAUGCAGGCCAGACCAUUUCAGAAUGCGGUGGAGCUGGUUCAGAAGUACCUCUCUGAUUGCAUUUGUGUCCACUUUUCAUUUCUGGCAUUAAAAUACCACACAACUGUAUCAUACACCCCAGCUUGCUCCUUUUAUUGCUCUCCUAAAAUCAGAUGAGUGAAAGAGCCUUUUUCAGAGGUUCAUAUUUUUAUGUCAUGUGAGAAAAUGAUAUCAAAGUUACUGUAGAAGUAUUUCGGGUUGAACGUUGUUUAAAACUUUACAAAGCCUUUUGCUUUGGACAGUCAAAAUGGAAAAACUGUUUAAAGCCACAGCUUCGCUUCAAUGAGAACACCAAAAUGUUUGGGAUUCUCUCAGCAUUUGGAGUUUUUUUUUCAUGUAUUCUAGUUUUUGUAAGCCCUGUGAAGGUUAAAAAAAAUCUGAAUUUUUGAGGACAAAAUAAAAGUUCAGUUGUAUUUA